UUUAUCAGUUGCUGCCGAGUGAUUCGAGGAGAAAGAUGUGCUGCUUGGUUUCGUUACUUAUAAUCGCGGUGGUGCUCUGCCAAAAUUCGUCCGCACAGCUUCUUGAUGAACAAUGUGGAGAGGUGCUACCCUAUAAAAUUAGAGGCGGAUUCGUGCCGGAAGCUGCUCCAUUUAUGGCCGCCUUGUAUAACAACAGCGAAUUUUUCUGUGGUGGAUCCCUAAUACAUAAGCAAUUUGUUCUAACCGCAGCGCACUGCGUAGAGUACUUGCAAGAAGUAACCGUCCACUUGGGAGGAUACAAUCGAUCGUGCCCGAUCACAGAAUGUAAUUACGUGGUGCAACUAAAGGCCAUGGUAAUAAGGCAUCCUUUUUCGAACAUUAAUGUUUAUCUAAACGACAUAGCUUUGCUGCGACUGGAGCGCGAAGUGGCUUUUGAAGUCCAUAUACGACCAAUAUGCAUUAGCCUUGACGAGGAGCUAACAUCAGAUAGUGAACAAUUUUUCACGGCGUAUGGAUGGGGUUGGACGGAUCCGACGCAAAAAAAACCAAGUGACAUACUGAGAGCGGUCAGUUUGGAGCAGUCUCAGUGCAACUAUAAAGGCAAAAACACAAUAUGCGCGGGCGGCAUUAAGGGAGACACCUGUGAGGGUGACUCUGGUGGUCCAUUGGUAGGCAAUUUCAAACACCUUGGCAAAACUAGACAUUUACAGUACGGGAUACUGAGCUACGGCAGCAGCGAGUGCGAUGGAUCCUCUGGCGUCUAUACUGAUGUAAAUGCGUACAAAUCGUGGAUAGCUAACGUCGUUCUUGAAAACGAACCGAGAAUCUUGCAAGAGAAGUGCAAGAGCGAUUGGGGUAGUAAUGUUUUGGUCCGCCUAUGGGAAAUGUCACUAAUUGAGUAUAAAUCCGCCGGUGCCCUUAUCACAAAUCAAUUGGUUUUGACUGCUGCCAGUGUUUUCCCUGACGUCUUUAAUGCCACCGAAAUCGAAGUAGAAUCUAUAUAUCAGCAAAUCCAUCGCGUCAAAUGGGUUAUCAGGCAUCCCAACUUCAGCCGAUCGCCAUCAAUAAGGAAUAACAUAGCUGUGAUUAGGCUGGCUCAAAGGGUUUCAAAAUUAGAUCUUGAGAUACCAAUCUGUGUGGGGCUGAACUUGAGUCCUCCGACGACUUGGAGUGCCUACCUUUACAGUGACAAAUUUGAGUUCUUGGGCAGUCGGAAUGUAAAUUUAAAGAGGAUCCAUGAAUGCUCUGUGGAAAGCGAUCAGAUCUGUGUCGAGAAGCCGAAUCAAUUGGAUUAUGCACCGUACGAGACACCUGGUUUUGUGAUAGGUACAAAUCAAAUGUUUAAGGGAAAGGAAAGGUACAUGAUUGCGGGCAUAAUAAGCCAUACUCAAGAUAACGCCAUCGUCUUUACAAAUAUUCAAGACCACGCCAAAUGGAUUGCUAGACAAAUGAUAUACACAUAGCGUUACUUCUAUCUAUAUUUUUAUAGCACUGACACAUUUGGAAAAAAUGUAAUAAAAUCACCUGAUAAAUGGUGUCGUUAAUG